AAAAAUUGUUGACUGUCCGAACUCAGCGACAAAUCUACAUAUCCUCUCUCUCAUAAGUUCAGGAAAUUAUCUUUUGUUUGGUUCUUGAGAUUCGAUUUAAUCGGCGAUCUUUUCCCUUCAUUCCUCAAUCUUUCCCAGAGUACAAUGCUUCAGAUUUUUCAGGGGCUGGUUUUGAGUUAAAAUGGAGGGUGACAGUGAUAUCUCGGGGCUAGGCAAUGAUGGCAGUGGUGAUCAAAUGGAUAGCAAGGUGGUGCAGACAUUUCAAAAGAGUUUUGUUCAGGUCCAGAAUAUAUUGGACCAGAACAGGCUGCUAAUCAACGAGAUAAACCAGAACCAUGAGUCCAAGAUGCCUCACAACUUGACCAGAAAUGUUGGUCUGAUUAGGGAGCUCAACAACAACAUAAGAAGAGUGGUCGAUCUCUAUGGCGAUCUUUCGAGUUCAUUCACCAAAACCAUGGAUGCCUCGUCGGAAGGCGAUUCUAGUGGUGCUGUGAAAUCAGAUGGCAAAACUGGUCUCAAAAGAAACAGGCCUGCUUGAUUUCAUUCUAGAGAAAAAAAAUUCACAUUGUGUGGCAAUGAACUUGCAUAGCUUUGCUGAUGAUCUGAUUCUGGAAAAUUUUCUUCAUCGCAAUGUAACUCCCCUGUAGGCUUUGAAUCCAAUUGAGAUGAAUCAUGCGUUGAAACU